CAGAAAAAAAUAUAGUAAAAUACAGUAAAAAUAUUGUAAAUAUACCGUUAAAACCUAGUAAAAGGUAGUCAAAAAACACUAAAAAUAUACACUACUGUUCAAAACUUUGGGGUCACCCAGAAAAUUCCAUGUUUUCCAUGAAAACUUCCACUUUAAGAAUUCUACAAUAGUCAUUUACCACAUUAACUACGUCUACACGGGAUUUAUCAUUAAUUUAAUGUGACCUUCAGUGGGAAAAAAAAGCUUUUCUCGGUGACAAGUGGAGUGUUUCAUGUCUGCUCUGACAGCAGUGUUAUUGCCUCAUGCCUUUUGUUUUGGGGGAGGAGUCAUGACGUCACCAAGGGGUGCAGCUUUAAAUAGGUCCCGCCCUCCACAGCAGCAGAACAGAAGUGAACCCGGACUGAAGGACUGGAAUAAAGCUCCAGAACCGGACUGAAUAACCAGCUCUGGUUUUGAGCAAAGUGGGAUUUGUAAGUUUUACAAGCUGCUCUGAUUCCCACCUAGCCAUCAUACAGAGUCUGAACAUCUUGAUAAGAACCAGACAACUGAAGGGAAGCCACAGUGGUGGUGACCGACACUAACCUCUGCAGACCGUUCUCAUCAACUGACAUCUCCUGACCCACUGGAGAUCAUGCUAUACCUGAAGAAAUACUUCACUGAGGGCCUCAUCCAGAUGGCCAUCCUGCUGAGCCUCUGUGGGGUGAGGGUGGACGUGGGGCUGGAUCCCUACCUGCCUCCCUCCUGGCAGGAGAUGAUCCUGGGCCCGACCUCAGCACUGACCCAGACGCAGUUCCACAACCUUCGUAACCGGCUGGAGGAGGGUCACGGCCUUCACCCCAAAAGUGUGGAUCUGGAUGGGUUCUUCACAGCACGAAGGCUGCUGGGAUGGGUCCACUCUCUGGACAGACUGCAGGUUCCUCAUCCAGAGCUGCAGACAUGGCUGGUCCAACGAGAACCAGACACUCUCCCCGUUGGUUGUUCAGGCCAGUCCUCCCUGCUGGAGAGAGCUCCUGCCGGGGUAGAAAGAUCCCGAACUGCACCACCGGUGGAAGCCAGUGCUGAACUCAGCAACCUGGAGGAAGAAGACGAGGAGGAGGAUAAAGAGACUUCUGCCUCCCUCCAGGAGUGUCUAAGGUUGUUAGAGGAAACAUUUCCCUUCACAGAGGAAGAACAGUUAAGUGAUGGUGAAGGCAGAGGAGAGUCUCACCAGCUGUCCCCCAUCAUCCCCACUGAUAACCCCUCCUUGGACCUGGAACUGGACUGGCAGGAUCUGCUGUCUAUCAUGGACCCUGAGAACACCGAUAUAGACAUGACAACAUCAUUUGAAGAUACUUUGGAUAUAAGACCAUCUGAGACCUUCCAAGGUGUUGAGUCUGCAGCUCUGACCCAGAACUCUAACAACCUUAGCAGUGUUGGAACGGAGGCUGAUCAAGCAGUGCUUCUGAUGGGUGCAUCGUUGCAGUAUGGUGUGUUGGAACCUCAGAACCAGGCAGAGAUUGAGCCAGCCCUGCUUACCCUGAUCCCCAGUGCAGAGUUGGAUGACCACAGUUCAGCCCCGAACACAAGACACACUUUAGAGAGCCUCCAGGUGGAUCCUUUCCACAGUCCUCCAGACCAUGCGGAUAUGCUUGCAGAAAAUCCUUCAGAAGACUUUACCAUGGCACUAAAUGUAGAAGACACCUCGAGUACCUUCAACAUGAAUCUGCUGACAGCAGAUGUCGUUGAUAGGUUGGAACCUGAAAACCUUCCAGGCUUUAAUGUUAACUUUAAUUCAUAUGGCCUGGGAUCUUCCAGUUUUGGCUCAUCUCUGGAGGAGAAUGAUAUGACUGAAGACCGUCUGGUAUCUCCUUCCAGUGUUUUUCUGGUUGACGAGGAGGAUGGUGAGAAUGAAGAUGGUCUCCCUGGAACCCUUAGUGACCUCUUAGACGAUGCUACCAUCUUGGAUGAGAUGAGAUUGUUGGACCUGGCUCUCGAGGAUGGAUUCAGUCCUGAGAUGGUAGCCAGACUGGAAGAGGACGGGUACUUGGACCGUGGAAUAGCCCAGCAGGAAACUGGCAGAGAUGAUGACCACUCAGGCUCUGACAUGGUGGUCACAGAAGAUCAGGGUCAAACAGGAAGACAUCGCCAAGGUGGUGAGGAUGAGGCAGACUCAGAUUCUGGUCUUUCUUUAGACUUCAGCCGCAGUCCGGCUUCUCCAUGUGCUUCUGAGGCCUCCUCUUAUUCCUCCUCUUCCUCCUCUUCCUCAUCAUCAUCCUCCUCUCCAUCUUGUGUGUCAGCUAUAGGAAGUCUCGUCUCUGAAAAUGAGGAUGAGGAUGCUGAGGAAGACCUGGUUGCCUCAGGUAUGGAAGUGGAGGUGACCAUAAAGCAGGAGGAGCUGGAUGAGGAGGAGAUGGGCGCGGUAGGGGGAGGGUAUCCUUCAGAUGUGGCGAAACUCUUCCCUUCCAACUAUGAAGAUCACAAACUGCUUCACGGCUUUUCCUGGCUGGAGCAAAUCGGCCACGAUCACACAUACAACCAGCCCAGGUCCUCCGACUCCCCUCCUUACCUUGGAAAGAUGCCCACCAAACACACCAAAUCCGUUUCUCAUCAUGACAACACCAAGCCUUAUCGCCGCUCCUCUUCCAAACACAUCUCUAUGACCAAAAUGUGGGGCCGGGAUGAGCGGCGUGCACGAGCCCUAAAGAUCCCUUUCUCCAACGAGCUCAUCGUAAAUCUGCCAGUGGAUGAGUUUAACGACCUACUGACCAAUUACCAACUCGACGAGGAGCAGCUUACCCUCAUCAGAGACAUACGGCGCCGUGGUAAGAACAAGAUAGCUGCUCAGAACUGCAGGAAGAGGAAACAACAUGUGCUGGUGGGACUGGAGAACGAUGUGUCAGGUUUGAGGCGUCACCGUUCACGACUGCUAAGAGAAAAACAGGAAGCCCUGAGGCAUCUUCAGGAAAUGAAGCGACGAUUGGGUAUGUUGUACCAGGAAGUGUUUUCCAGGCUGAGGGAUGAGGAAGGGAGGCCACUGGAUGCGACAGAGUACCUUCUUCAUUUUGGUCCCAGUAAUACAGUCACAGUGGCUUCACGCCAAGAAAUGGCAGAAAAAUCUGGCAAGAAACACCGGGAUAAGAAGAAGUGACGAGGUGGACAAGCCAAGAAUAGUUUCACAGGAGAUGUGGGCAUUAAAAAGUGAAGAGUUUGAAGGGGAGCAUGAUCAUAAACACAAAAAUAUGAAAGAAUGAUGAUUCGGUGGCGAGUAAAGGAACACAGGAGUUGUCCUCAUGGUGUCGACGGACAUUCCUGAGUCUCAAAAACCAUGAAAUCCUCAAACACCUAGAUUCCCCUGAGGCUACUGACCUGGUGGAUGGACAGAUGCUAUCCAGACAGAAGAAAGAGGAGUUUAGCUAAAGGGAAUCUGGUUAUCAUGAUGAUGAUGAUGAUGAUAAGGCAACCGUUUGUGUUGCUCUGCUCCUUGGUAUGAACCUUUGAAACUGGAAAAAGACUUGAAUUCAGCUCUUGCUAACCUCAGAGGGAAAUACUGGGACCAGCACUCCAAAAUGCUAGUUCAAUGCCGAAGGAAAAUCCUGAUUUAAAAAAAAAAGACUUGAAAAUAUUGAGCUGGACAAGUUGAUACUGGGAUAGAUACUGGUUGUCAGCUAAUACAGCCCAACAGUCGUAGACACUAAAAGGACUCAGAGCUAGCAAGGACGAGUUGCUGGAUAUGCAAGAAGGAAGAAUGUAGAGCUGGUAGGGUUGCAGCAUUUUGCAGUGAAGAAUUUGGCUUAUGGGGAAACAAACCAUACUCUUCACCAAAACUCCAAGACAUUAGGGAUAAUCUCCAGAGAAAGUUUUCUAAAUUGGAGCCAUCGUGGCAGCUUUGUGGGACUUGAUGGUAUUGCAUAUAAAAACUUCUUGGAACUAAACCCUACUUUAAAUAGCUCCACUCCUAGUUCUUCACGGACUUAGCAGGUCUCAACGACAAUUUACAGUAAGCUCAUGUUUUUCUGUAAGCUAUGUCAGAAUGUGGCAGCACUUCAUAGGAUGUAUUCACCUAAAAAUAACCUAGAUGACUACGAGGAGAGCUCCGUGGAUUCUUCCUUUGACCGAGGACCACCUCCUCACCAAGCUUCAUGCUUAAUGCUGCAAUCACCAGCAAUGAAACCUCAGUGGAAGCAGUUAGCAGCGUCAUGCUUCAUGGGGAGUUCACUGAGAACAAGGUGAGGCAAUGGGUCGUCCUGGAUUGAUGUAAUGCAGCGGUGGGUUUGGAAAGUGAUGGCCCCCAGCAGCACAAACUAAAAUAAACUGACUGUUAUGAAUGGACAUGUCAUAAAAGUAGUGCAUGUACUUUAUCUUGUGGCCUUCAAUGGAUCUUUAAAAGAUCUGUAAGACAAGUUUUUAAGCUGUUUUAGGACCGAUGGGUCAAAAUGUGUGUAAUUAAUAUAGUUAAAAUGAAAGAUUUGGGAUUUAAAAACAGGCAACACUCUCUGACCUCAAGGCCGAUGUCACCCUCUACUGGCUGUGCACAGAGCUGGGGAAGACUUAUAAUCAGUUUAGGUAGCCAUGAAAAUUAUUGUUCAAAUAAACUUUUUGAAAGUGACAAAGAUUUUCUCAGGAAGGAACACAGCCAGACGGACACGCUUGGCUUUACUUUCCCCUCAUAAGUGCUUUACAUAUACAGUCAAAUCACUGGAAAGGAAAUGAUGUAAUGUUUUAGGAUCAUUUUUAGCCAUGAAACUGUCGGAGCGGCUGUUCAGUGUUUCACAUGGCAGACGAAAUCUAGCCACUGUAUUUGCCUGUGGUCCCUGCACGGUGGAGAAAUGGAGCGAGACGACGCCAAAAUCAAAAGUCUUUCAACUUUAUUAAGACAGAGUUUGAACUUUUUCACCAGCUUUGCUCAGUUGUUUGUAUUUUGUGGAUGUCCAAAGAAAGUUCUUGCUGGUAUUCAAGGACUUGGGACCUCAUCUUUUGUAAUACAAAAAAAAAUAAUUAAAAAAACGUUUUGUAAAAUA